GCUCGUGUCUCGGCUCUGCUCAGGCUUGUCAGUGCGGGCGAGAGCGCUGCUAAACAUGGCGACGGACGGGAUGAUUUUAACCAACCACGACCACCAAAUCCGAGUUGGAAUAUUGACAGUGAGUGACAGCUGCUUCAGAAACCUUGCUGAGGACCGCAGUGGAAUCAACCUCAAAGAUCUUGUCCAUGACCCGUCCUUGCUUGGAGGCAUAAUCUCUGCAUACAAAAUAGUCCCCGAUGAGAUUGACGAGAUCAAGGAGACGCUGGUGGACUGGUGCGAUGAGAAGGAGCUCAACUUGAUCCUGACCACCGGUGGAACGGGUUUUGCACCCCGUGAUGUCACGCCUGAGGCCACCAGGGAGGUGAUCGAGCGUGAAGCUCCAGGGAUGGCUCUAGCAAUGCUCAUGGGCUCCCUAAAUGUCACGCCACUCGGCAUGCUGUCCAGACCCGUAUGUGGAAUCAGGGGCAAAACCCUCAUCAUUAAUUUACCUGGGAGCAAGAAGGGCUCACAGGAGUGCUUCCAGUUCAUCCUGCCUGCUCUGCCGCACGCCAUCGACCUGCUGCGGGAUGCCAUAGUGAAGGUGAAGGAGGUACACGACGCUCUAGAGGACCUGCCGUCCCCUCCACCACCCCUCUCCCCUCCACCCACCACCAGCCCACACAAGCAGACAGAAGAAAAGGGUGUGCAGUGUGAGGAAGAGGACGAGGAGAAGAAGGACAGUGGCGUGGCGUCCACAGAGGACAGCGGCUCCUCUCACAUCACAGCGGCUGCUAUUGCUGCUAAGAGCAUGAAGUCUCAUCCCAGCCAUGCUGUUGUCAUGGCGAAAGGUGGACAGCCCUUGAGUGGCUUCAUCCCGUCCACCUCCAUUCUGUCCCAUUUCACCUGCUCCUGCAGCGAUACGAUACCAGAGUCCAUCAUUUCACGAGGCGUGCAGGUUUUGCCGCGGGACACCGCCUCUCUCAGCACCACGCCCUCAGAGUCUCCUUGCGCUCAGCAGUCCCGCCUCUCCACUGCCUCCUGCCCCACCCCCAAAGCCCGGCUCACCUCCUGUUCAUCCACUUAUAGUGUCACAGAGGCCUCACGGAGAGAGUUCAGGGCUCACCUGGAUGAGGUCAUCACGCUCAAGUCAAGGUACUCUACCUUGGACCAGCUCCACUCUAGGCUGGAGGGGCUCAAAGAUGAUCGCAGGAACCAUAGGACCUUCGACUUGCGAGUGCAGUCACGAUGCAGCAGCAAGGAGAACAUCCUGAGAGCAAGUCACAGUGCAGUGGAUAUCACCAAGGUAGCUCGGAGACACCGCAUGUCCCCAUUUCCCCUCACUUCUAUGGACAAGGCCUUCAUCACUGUGCUGGAGAUGACUCCUGUCCUGGGUAACGAAAUCAUCAACUACAGAGAUGGAAUGGGUCGAGUUCUGGCUCAGGACGUCUACGCCAAAGACAACCUGCCUCCUUUCCCUGCAUCAGUUAAAGAUGGCUACGCUGUUCGAGCUGCUGAUGGUCCUGGUGAUCGCUUCAUCAUUGGAGAGUCUCAGGCUGGGGAGCAGCCCACUCUCACAGUUAUGCCAGGCCAAGUGAUGAGGGUGACGACAGGUGCUCCUAUCCCAUGUGGUGCAGACGCUGUAGUGCAAGUAGAAGACACAGAACUGCUACGAGAGUCUGAAGACGGUACAGAGGAGUUGGAGGUGAGGAUCCUGGUUCAGGCUCGUCCAGGACAGGAUAUCAGGCCUAUAGGACAUGAUAUCAAGCGUGGAGAGUGUGUGCUGGCUAAGGCCACUCACAUGGGUCCAUCUGAGAUCGGCCUCCUGGCCACUGUAGGAGUCACAGAGGUGGAGGUGCAGAAAUUCCCAGUUGUAGCAGUCAUGUCCACCGGCAAUGAGUUGUUAAACCCUGAGGAUGACCUUCACCCAGGCAAGAUCAGGGACAGUAACCGAUCCACACUGUUGGCCACCAUUCAGGAACACGGCUAUCCCACCAUCAACCUCGGCAUCGUCGGAGACAACCCAGACGACCUGUUGAACGCCCUGAAUGAUGGCAUUAGUCGUGCUGACGUCAUCAUCACCUCCGGGGGCGUGUCCAUGGGUGAGAAGGACUAUCUGAAGCAAGUGCUGGAUAUAGAUCUCCAUGCCCAGAUCCACUUCGGUCGAGUGUUUAUGAAGCCGGGUUUGCCUACUACGUUUGCCACCUUAGACACUGACGGUGCCAGAAAGCUGAUCUUCGCCCUUCCAGGUAAUUUCACCUACAGAGACACAGGGGCGACUCUUCUGGAGACUGUGCCCCUGAGUGACAGCGAGGCCAGCAGACUGCCUGUGCCUCCUCCCCCACGAGGAAGUAACCCAGUGUCAGCUGUUGUAACCUGUAACCUCUUUGUUAUCCCUGCAUUAAGAAAGAUGCAGGGGAUCCUGGACCCACGGCCCACCAUCAUCAAAGCCAGGCUGUCCUGUGAUGUAAAGUUGGAUCCACGUCCAGAAUAUCAUCGCUGUAUACUGACAUGGCACCACCAGGAACCACUUCCCUGGGCACAGAGCACAGGAAACCAAAUGAGUAGUCGGCUAAUGAGCAUGCGCAGUGCCAACGGCCUUCUGAUGUUGCCUCCGAAAACAGAGCAAUACGUGGAGUUGCACAAGGGUGAAGUCGUGGACGUCAUGGUCAUAGGACGGCUAUGAUGUUAUCUUAAGGGGACAGACCAAGUACAGAGCAAGAAAGUGGUGCAUGUCCACAUAUCAUUACUAUUCUGGAAUAUGCAACGGCACAGCUAGGUUUUAUUGAUUUGGGAGAAGUUGAUCCAGUAUUAUAAACAUUUCGAACAAAGACGAAUAUGUGAAAUUUCUGAAAAUACGACUUCGAAGACAUCAUAGUAUUUCAAAGACAGAAAACAUUAUACCUUUUAAAGUGAGAAUAUAUAUAUAUGAAAUAUAAGAGAUUUAUUCUGUAAUAUAUUGUUAUAAUUAUUAUGAUUAUUCAUAUAAUGAUGAAUAUUAUCAUAUUAAGCAACUCUGUUCUCUUUCAUUGCAAUUGCUUUGUGUGUUCAAUGCUAGAACUUAUAGAUGGCCGUAGUAUUUUAAUAGACAGCUGUUGGCGCCUGUCACACAUACAUCAGAAAGCUUAUUUUCUCAUCGGUAGAAAAUGUCACUGAGGAAUGAAAAGCUCUUCAAAAUGACAGGAGCUGGAUCUUUUCAUCUCUCCUCAAAGUGCAACAAGGUGACCCAGCUAUCUUUCCCUUUAGUAUUAUAUGCUCCAUAAAGACUUCAUUAUGCUUCAUAAAGGGUUUACAAAACCGCUUUGCUUGUCGUUUAUCUUGUGAGUCGUGUUUAUGUGCGCAGUGCCAAAAGCCAUGGCUGUGGGGGAAGGUCUUGUGGUCGCGCCGCCGGGUGGCACAGACUUUGUGUGGAAACGAUGACCGGUCGGUGGGGGUCUGUGUAAAUUCUGUGCUACUUUAGCGCGCCCGGAGGCAUGUCCUGUGCUACAGGCUAUACAUCAGUCUGGAACAUACUUCAUAGUAAACUGGCCCUCAUAGCUCUGCCCUUAUUACUCUCUAUUUUACACACUACCCUUACAUUUAAACUCGCCCGGCCCAAUCCUAGAGGCUGAGCUCCCUGGAAACUUUUAUUUGUUUAACUUUGAAGAUGAAGACAGCUUAUUUAAGUGCUGACUGCCUUUUUAAAUGAAUUACAUCCAAUGUACAGUAAAAAAAAAUGCAAGAGUGAUAUUGUACAGACAAGUGACCAGCACUCCUGAGGAAUAUACUAUGGUACUGAAAAGAUAUUGAAAACCUCUGUACUAUAAUAUCAUUUUCUGUAAUAAUGAUCUAAUGCGAGAAUUAAAAUUCUUGAUCAUUAUGUA